AUGCGUCUUUUAGCAGCGUGGAUACUGCUCGUUGCCGCUGGCUCAGUCUUCACAGAUCGUUGCCUGUAUCUCAUUUUAGAUGUCUCGCCAUGUGAUCUGUGGGGUGUCUGCAGCCAGAAGUGCUCACAGUCAGAACUUGGCUACACGUGCUCUUGUUACCAUGGUUACAUUCUGGACCCGGAUGGCUGGACUUGCAAGCCAGAAGGUACGGAAAUACCGUAUAUAUUGUAUACGAUCCGUCAUGAGAUAAGACUGGUGGACUUGGAUGGACAGGCCUCUGUUGCUCUGGACAGACUCAGAAACACUGUGUCCCUGGAUUACUACGAUAAGAACAGCACCAUUUUCUGGUCAGACGUCAUGCAGGAUAAGAUAUACAGAGGAGUCAUGGACACCAACCACGUAACCGAUAUCCAAGAAGUCGUUAGUGUUGGCCUGAUAACGCCAGAGGGCAUCGCUGUCGACUGGGUAGGAGAGAACAUCUACUGGAUAGACAGCAAUCAACGCCAGAUAGAGGUCGCCACCAUGCAAGGGAAGCUCAGGUCUACACUUGUAGCUGGGAACAUUGGGCAUCCGAGAGCCAUUGCUGUAGAUCCAAGUGUUGGUCUGUUGUUCUGGACGGACUGGGAGAAGGACAAGCCUCGUAUUGAGAGCUGCUCUAUGAGUGGACAUGGUCGGACAGUCGUGGUCAACAUCACUUUGAUAGACAGUGAAGGGGCGUGGCCAAAUGGACUGACCCUGGACUAUGACCUCAGGAGAGUUUACUGGGUGGAUGCCAGGUCUGACACCAUCAGCACUGUGCGGUAUGACGGCAGCGACUACAGGGUCGUGUUGAGGAACCAUCGUCUGCUCUCUCAUCCCUUCGCCAUUGCUGUGUUUGGCUCCAAUGUGUACUGGACAGACUGGAAAACCAACUCUCUCAUGGAGGCAAAUAAAUUUAAUGGCAGCAGCGUCCGUGUAGUCCAGAGAACGUAUGCACAGCCCUUUGACCUUAAAGUCUACCACUCUAAGAGGCAGUCCCAGAUGAAGAACCCGUGUGGUGAAAACAACGGCGGCUGUUCUCACCUCUGCCUGCUGGGUUUCAAUGGCACAGCGGACUGCAAAUGUCCUUACUUCCACGUCUUACUGACAGACAGGAAAACAUGCGCCCUCAACAGUACAUUCCUGCUCUACGCACGUUACUAUGAAAUCCGUGGAGUGGACUUCAACAACACCGACUUUAACGCCAUGCCGACCAUGUCAUCCCCUCACGUGGAGAUCCCUAAAGCGAUGGACAUCGACCCUGUGUCCGGCAUGUAUUACUGGACCGACAGCCGUCAUGGCACCAUCAAAAGAGCUCGUAAUAACGGCACAGAUAUUGAAACGGUCGUGGACACAGAUCUGGACAACCCCAGUGGUUUAGCUGUGGACUAUGUGUCUGGUAAUAUGUACUUUAGCACCACCAGGGAAGGUGUGGGCAGUAUAUGGGUAUCUAGGCUGGACGGCAGGCAAAGACUGAAAGUGGUAUAUGAUAGAAAGCCGAUCACAUCACUAGCUAUCCAUCCAAAUAAAGGUAAAAUCUUCUGGACGGAGGAUGGCACCAAUGCCCAGGUCGUAUUUGUUGCCAAUAUGGACGGCAGCAAUGUCCAGCAGUUUGUUCCCGACAGCCUGACCCACGUCGAUUCUGCCUUCAAACUCUACAGUUUGACAAUAGACGUAGACAACGAGAAGCUGUACUUUAUAAGCCAGGGUCUGAACUCUGGCACUCGCCGGAUUACCUGGUGCAACUUUGACGGUUCUGACUCCCACAUGGUGUCAUUUGAUCACAGUUUGAGUGACGUCAGAACACUAGCUGUCCACCAGGGUCAGCUCUACGUGGCCACAGGGUCGUCCAUUGCUCUGGUUCACAGGACCGGAGGUGACGUCAGAGUGGAGAUCCUGCGAGAAGGCACAGACGAUGUAACGUCUGUUAAGAUCUUUGAAGGGAAGCAGAAAUCUAAUCUCGGUAAGAACGCGUGUAGUGAGAACAAUGGCGGCUGCUCCCAGGUGUGCGUCCCUGGCAACAACAACAACAACAACGCUGUAUGUCUCUGUACAGACGGUUUUAAGCUUGGAGAGGACGGCAAAACCUGCCUUGAUAUGAAACCGUUCCUGUUAAUCACACUGGGAGCUAACAUCCACGGCAUCUCUCUGAAUGCAAGCUCCGCCCCAAACCGGACGACGACCACGCCCAUCUAUAGCUUUGGUAUGCCAGCAACCGCGGAUUCUCAAGAAGAUCCCGAACCCUCCCUGUCACUCUCCUUGGGGGCAGAGAUCCUCGGAAUCUCUCUGAACGCUGAUAUCAACUCACAGCAGACGACAGACAUGCAGACCGCAGCGGCUGUUGUGGAUUUCCAUGCAGCUAAUAGGUUCAUAUACUGGGCGGACAGCAGCUCCAAGACCAUCUCCAGAAUCCAUCGAGACCGGAAGGAGAUGCAGACACUAGUUUCCGGUGAAAUCAGCUCAGUGCAGGGAUUGUCUGUGGAUUGGAUAGCAGAAAACCUGUACUGGACCGACAGUGACCUUGACUUAAUCCAAGUGUCCAAACUAAAUGGGUCAUUCAGACGUGUGUUGGUGGCAUCUGACCUGGACAGUCCAGCUGAUAUUGUGGUGCAUCCAGUCCUGGGGUACAUGUUUUGGACUAACCAAGGUUCAAAACCCAGAAUCGAGCGUGCACGACUCGAUGGUUCAGAAAGAACAACAAUCAUGUCUCACACAGAGUUCACCCGGGAACCCAGCGGUCUGACCAUAGAUUACGACAAGGACAGGUUAUACUGGUGUGACAAAGCACUUGACGUCAUCUGUAGUAGCAACCUAGACGGAAGUGACGUCACAUACAUCAUCCGGGACACUCUGACGGAUCCUUCCUCUAUUACAGUGUCCGAGGAAUACAUCUACUGGACUGAUAGCCCACCUAGCGCCCCCUAUGGAGUUGUAAUGAGAGCAUUCAAAAAUGGCACAGACCCAGUUAUCAUGUGGAGAAACACGGACUCAAAGACCCCGAGACCACAUGAUAUAAAAGUGCAUGACGAAGACAGACAGACAGGUGACAACAUCUGCGGUUCAAAUAACGGGGGCUGCAAGGAAUUGUGUCUGUACAUUGGUAACAACAGUAGGAUAUGUCAGUGUACAAAGGAUGAGGAAUGUCACAGAGGAGCCACUGUCCUGCGUUUUCCAGCGUCCCAGAGCACUGACAGAUAUGUUAAACUCACACCACCAGUGUAUCGGUAUAGGCCAGUAUUGCCCGCCAUUACCGCCUGCGUGAGAUUAAAGACAACAGUCUCCACGGGAGAAAGAUAUUUCCUUUCGCACGCCACGUACUCAUACGACAACUCCUUCAUGUUGGGCUACAACUUGGCCGGGUCCUUCGUAUUUCAUAUAAAUAAUGCCAAACAAUACAUACCUCUAGGGGGCUAUAUGAUAUUUGAUGGAACUUGGCACCACUGGUGUUUCACAUGGGAGCAGCAAGGUGGCAAGUGGGCGCUGUAUCUGGACGGCAAACAAAGAGCCAACGGAUCUGGAUUUAUGAAUCUUAGGUCAAUAGUACAUGAUGGAGAGUGGCUACUAGGACAAGACCAGGACUCGAUGGAAGGCGAAUUUCGCGCCGGACGGUCGUAUGUAGGCGACCUAUCCAGUAUUAACGUGUGGGACCACGUCAACGUGAACAUCACUGCCGCCGCUGACUGUAACGACACGCUCAGGGGAAACGUAUUAGCGUGGGAAACUGUUGUCAAAGAGAGACACGGAGUCUACACCUAUAACACAGAUUUAUGUCCCUUCUUAACUGAGUGGACGAAUUGGGUAGACUGCAAUGCCACGUGCGGCGAAGGCAACCAAAUAAGAACUCGAAAAUGUUUGCCAACCGGAAGUCUGUGUACCGGAAGUACCGUUGAGAAGCGUUUAGCUGUGACAAAACAAAGAAGGGCCUCAGUGAUCCGUUGGACAGCACCCCAGAGUAUUAGCAAGUACGUGGAACUAACGCCAACCACACCAAGUAUGACUGCGGUAACGGUCUGCUUCAGAAUGAAGACCACGCUCGCCAAGGGGGAAAUAUACGUCCUCUCGUACGCCACAACUUCGCAUAAAAACGCCCUCUUGUUCGGGUACGACAUGGCGGGAUCUUUUAUCGCCCUCGUGAAUAAUGUUAAGAAAUACAUACCUGUCCCAGGCUAUGAAAUCUUUGAUGGCACGUGGCACCACUGGUGUUAUACUUGGAACAAAAAUGGCGGUAAAUGGGCACUUUACAUGGACGGCAGACGGAUAUCAUCGGGCGCUGGUUUUAUGAAUUAUAGGACUGUACCUUCCAGUGGAGUGUGGAUAGUUGGACAAGAUCAAGACACUGUUGGGGGCGGAUUUCAAGUCUUUCAGUCAUUUAUCGGAGACUUGACCAGUAUCAAUGUGUGGAAUCACGACUCCCUUAAUCUCACUGAGGCACCAAACUGUGACGACACAAUCAGGGGAAACGUCAUAGCAUGGGAUGACGUCACAAAGAAAACCCACCAAGUGACAACACAUGAAGAAGAUCUAUGUUCCUACUUGAGUGAGUGGUCAGAUUGGUCGGAUUGUGACGUCAGAUGCGGCCAUGACAACCAAAGGAGUCGAGAGUGCAUGGAUAUGAGCAAACAAAGUAAUCUUGAAUUUGUGUGUGAUUGGUUUGCCACAGUGCCAUUUUAG